UCCGGAUUCUAUAAGUUCUUAGAUUGAGUCAGUAGGUUUGCCGGUCAGGGGGAGUAGAGUCUAAGUGGUGAGGAGUGGAACCGUUGUUUGGUUGUGCACCUAUCACCAUGGUUGACGCCCGUAGUGGGAAGAGUACUGCCCCCCAAUCCGAGGCCGAGCAGGCCCGGAUCGCCGUCAUUCUGAGGGAGAGGAAAGAGAAGAAAGAGCUCCUGAAGCAGGCGAAGUUAAAGGCUAUAGUAGAGGAGCAGGCGGCAAAGAAGAAGAAGUUAGAGGAGGAGAUAUUGAGAUUCCAAAAAGAGAAGAUGAUGCUGUUAGAGCAGGAGGAGGAAGAGAAGAGAAAGGUUGCUGAAGAGGAAGCAGCAGAAGAGGAGGAAGAAGAAGAAGAAGAACCCCUUGAGAGAAGGCGCAGGGAAGAAAGAGGAGAAGCAAGUGGCACGAAGGGGGAAGACGCGUGGAUGGGGAGGAAGAUCAGUGAAUGGGUGGCUAACUUAUCGUUGGGAGAGGACGAGGAGGCACAUCUGUAUGUGCCGCAGGAGGAGAGAGAGGCAUUUGCCAAAGUGUUGGAAAUGAUAGAAGACCCCCUGGAACGUCAGACAACAGAGGAAGAAAAGAAGUUGGAGUGGAAGUUGAGGAUGAUGAGGGAGAAGAAGAGAAGGAGGGAGGAAGCCAGCCGAGUGGCGAAAGAAGUGGAGAAAGUCCGGGCAUGCAGACCGGAGAUGCAGGCACAAGCAGAGGUCCCUGCAAAAUUAGAUAAGAUCAUAGGGUACCUGGAGAUCCUGAGUGAGGCCUGGCUUGAGGAGCAUCAGGCCAACAAGGGCCACGAUGUGACCCUGCAUGCCAUCCGUUCUGGGUUUAGAGAGUUUGCGCGCGACGUGGUGACCCACGUCGGGGCCGAAGUUAAGAAAUUAAAGGAAGGCGCCGACAAGUUUUGCGCAGGCGCCAUUGAGGGCGCCAAAGUAGUGGCCACACCAGAGGCCACAGCACGUUCCCGCAAAGAGUCUGUAAAGCUCAAAUUCCCUGAUGCCUAUAGCGGGAAGAAGGAGGAAAGUUUUGACAACUGGGAGGCCAGUGUUAAUACUUAUGUGUAUUUGCAACAUAUUGCCCUCGAGGAGCAAGUCCUCGUCGCCUUUCAUGCACUGAAGGACGAAGCGGCCAGCUUCGCCAGGUCCCUCGUGCGCGCUGCGGAUUGUGAGCAUAAUAUGAUUGCGUAUUCUAGACUCACCCCUCUCCACUUUUCUCAAACUCCUGCGUGAGAGGUUCGCUGACGUCACGAGAGGCGUCAGGAUCUCAGAUAAGCUCCAAACC